AUGUUAGCAAGACAACUAUUAAGGUCUAAGUUAAUUAGUCCUAGUACAUUAGCUACUAGUAGAUUAGUUACUAGAUCAUUCACUAAUGGUUUAAUAAGAUUAAAUGAAAAGAAAGAUAAAAUUCUUACUGAUGACAUUUUAGCCAAAGCGGGAUUCGAAGAAGAUAUUAAUGAAAAAAAAUCUGAAACUGAAACUGAAGAAUCAAAUGGAGGUGAAAAAAGAAGUAGAAGAAGAAGAAACCAAACUUCUAAAGAUAAGCAAAGAGAAAAAGCUGCCAACUGGUUUUAUAUUUCCACUUUAGUAGGUACUGUUUCAGGAUUAGGUUAUUUAAGUAGAGAUUGGGAUAAUGAAGAAGAACAAAAACAAUUAGAAGCUUCUAAUAUCGAUAAUGGUUACACUCCAACCUUAAUGUAUGAAAGAAUGAGUAGAAGAUUAUCAUCAUUAUUCACAUUUUUCAGUGAACCAGUGUUUGAAAAUUUAUUACCACCACCACCUCCAGAAGCUUAUAGAAGACCAUUAACUUUAGUCUUAACUUUAGACGAUUUAUUAAUUCAUUCCGAUUGGGAUACUAAGAAUGGUUGGAGAACCGGUAAAAGACCAGGUUUGGAUUAUUUCUUAGGAUAUUUAUCCCAAUAUUAUGAAAUUGUCAUCUUUGGAUCAAAUUCUCAAGUGUUCAGUGAAAGAGCUGCAAAUAAAUUAGAUCCUUUACAUGCUUACGUUUCUUAUGCUCUUUUCAAAGAGGCUUGUAGAUAUAAAGAUGGUAAGUUAAUCAAAGAUUUAUCAUUAUUGAAUAGAGAUUUAUCCAAGACUGUUAUUAUUGAUGUUAAUGAAGAUAGUUAUUCUUUACAACCAGAAAAUGCUAUUCCUAUGAAAGCUUGGGAUGGUAAACCAGAUGAUAAAUUAAUUCAAUUAAUUCCAUUCUUAGAAUUCUUAGCUAGUCAAAACUUUGAUGAUGUUAGACCAGUUUUAAAUUCAUUUUCUAAUAAAGAAAACUUAGUUGAAGAAUUCCAAGAAAGGGAAAAGAAAUUGAGAGCUGAAUGGGAAUCAAGAAACAAACAUUUAUUAAAUCAAAAAUAUAAUGCUGGUAAUUUCUUAGCUUCAUUAUUAGGAUUACCAUCAUCAUCUUUCAAUAAAGAACCAAAAAUGCCAUUAGACAUUGUUAGAGAACAUGGUCAAUUACAAUAUCAACAUUUCCAAAAAUACUUGAAAGAAAAUGCUCCUAAGAUGUUAGAAGAAGAACAAAAAUUAAAAGAUGAAUUUGGUAAAAUCACUUUAAAUAAAAUGAUAACUGAAGGACCUCCAAGUGCUGAAGAAAUCGCUAGAAUCCAAAGUGAAAGAGCUGCUAAUGGUAAUUAG